GAGGGAGGGGGCGGGGCGUGGGCGGAGCCGGCGGGAGGCUGCUGUUGCGGUGUUGGUGCUGGUGGGAUCAAAGCAGAGUGUCCUGCGGCGCGGAGCUUGGAUCGGUACGCUAAGAAAAGUGACCAUGGAGAACAACAAAACCUCAGUGGAUUCAAAAUCCUUUAAUAAUUUUGAAGUAAAGACCAUACAUGGAAGCAAGUCGAUGGACUCUGGAAUCUAUCUGGACAGUAGUUACAAAAUGGAUUAUCCUGAAAUGGGCGUAUGUGUAAUAAUUAAUAAUAAGAAUUUCCAUAAAAGCACUGGAAUGGCAUCUCGCUCUGGUACGGAUGUGGAUGCAGCCAACCUCAGAGAGACAUUCAUGGGCCUGAAAUACGAAGUCAGGAAUAAAAAUGACCUGACUCGUGAAGAAAUUAUGGAAUUGAUGGAUAGCGUGUCUAAGGAAGAUCAUAGCAAAAGGAGCAGCUUUGUCUGUGUGAUUCUAAGCCAUGGUGACGAAGGAGUGAUUUUUGGAACAAAUGGGCCUGUUGACCUGAAGAAAUUAACUAGUUUCUUCAGAGGCGACUACUGCCGGAGUCUGACUGGAAAGCCGAAACUCUUCAUCAUUCAGGCCUGCCGGGGUACGGAGCUGGACUGUGGCAUUGAGACAGACAGUGGAACUGACGAGGAUAUGGCAUGCCAGAAGAUACCAGUGGAGGCCGACUUCCUGUAUGCUUAUUCUACAGCACCUGGUUACUAUUCCUGGAGAAAUUCAAAGGACGGGUCGUGGUUCAUCCAGUCACUGUGUGCCAUGCUGAAGCUGUACGCUCACAAGCUUGAGUUUAUGCACAUUCUCACCCGUGUUAACCGGAAGGUGGCGACGGAGUUUGAGUCCUUCUCCCUGGACUCCACUUUCCACGCUAAGAAACAGAUCCCGUGUAUUGUGUCUAUGCUCACAAAAGAACUGUACUUUUAUCACUAAAGAAAUGAUCGGGGGUGGAGUGGGGGCAUGUGUCUGGUUUUUUGUUGUUGUUUUGAAUGCCAAAUGAGAAGACUGUCAGGGAGACUUUAUUUCCCUCUCAUUUAAAUCAAAUCUGAUGUUUCAGCUGGUCUUGGACGAUACCACUGCCUAGCAAUGCAGCCACAAUGCAGCUACCUCAACUUCGACAUCAGGUAGUUGAAAUGAAAAUGAAUUAGGAACAAAUAAAUGUCAAUAAUGGUACUAUCCUCAUAGAAGAACUUACAAGGCUACCCUUUUAUAAUUAGCAAGAUUUGGCGAUACUGUGAAUUUUGAAGUAAUUAUGAAGCAGUAAAGCUUUGCAGUGAUGAUUUUAUAUUCCCUACUCAUGUUAAGAAUGCUAUUCUAGUUUUUUUAAACAUACAAACAACAAUGUCAAAUGAUAUGUCUUAGAACUUGAAUCCAUGAAAAGAGUCAAGGGCUCGAACCCUUGUUUUGGAACUAAUCUAUGGAAAGAAAGAGUGGGACCACCAUAGCAUAUGUUAUAGCUACUGGUUUUGUGACAGUUGUCCAGGGCAUGUAUUUGUUAUUUU